AUGAAUUCUGUGUUGCUGAUGGAGUGGAAUGAAAAACCUCCUUCACUAUGGGAUUUGGAGAACCUUUUCAUGUUUGGUGCAAAAGUAACUGACAAUUCCAAGAAGUUACAACCAGCAGACUGGGGUAUUGAAGGGGAACGAGGAAUGCACUCUGAAUCUUUCUAUUCAACUGGGGGUGAUGGGGGCAGUGGUGUUUCUGGCUCUGAUUUAGGAGAUGGCUCAUCAAAAAGUUCAAAAUCAGCUUCCGUCAGUUCUUCAGUUGGGGAAAGUAAGAAACCCAAUUUCAACCUUGACGCUUUUGAAGGUUUCCCGAAUGAUUUCAUUCAUAAAAAUGAAUCAGCUAAAGCUGAGGCCCUUGGAUCUUCUCCAACUCAUGAGGUUUCAGCUGGGUCGGGUGAGCCACUGCUCAGUCUAAAGCUUGGUAAGCGGAUGUACUUUGAAGAUGUUUGUGCAGGAAAUAAUCCUAAAUCCUCUUCCCUUUCUGUUAUUUCCUCGUCAAUGGCAAAGACAAAGAGGAGUAAGUCCACUGGUCAGAGUGCAUUUGCACAACACUGCCAAGUUGAAGGCUGCAAUAUUGAUCUGUCAUCAGCCAAAGAUUACCACCGUAAACAUAGGAUUUGUGCUAAUCAUUCCAAAUCUCCGAAGGUCGUUGUAGAAGGGGUGGAACGUCGGUUUUGCCAGCAGUGUAGCAGGUUCCAUGGCCUUUCUGAAUUUGAUGAAAAGAAGCGAAGCUGUCGCAGGCGACUUUCUGAUCACAAUGCAAGGCGCCGCAAGCCACAGACAGAAGCACUGAGAAAUCCAACAAGGCUGUCCUCAUCACUGUUCAGUACAGAUGAGAGGCAACAGAUGAGCCUUGUUUUGGACCAAGCCCCAAGUGUUUACACAAGGCAUCCCUCAAAUUUAACAUGGGAUGGCGCAUGCAGCUUCAAGUUUGGACAAACGAAAGAAUAUUUUCCAAAGCCUGCAAAAGGAGGAGGCACUGGCGGGCAGUUGAAUUUGGCCAACAAUGGAAUUCCAAGUUCAAUAACAAUGCUGUAUCAUGAUUCCAGUAGGCUGUCACCUUCGAAGGGCACUGCCGCUGAGGUUCUCAACCGAGGUGCUGAAGAAUCUAUGAUCUCUUUCAACCUAGGUGCGACACAGGAUUUUCAUCGUGCUCUCUCUCUUCUGUCAACGAGUUCUUGGGUUUCAGGCGAGGCGAAACCUGUUGCACUUGAUAAUAAUACCAACCAAAAUUAUCAGAACAUCCCUCAACCUGGGAUGCAAGCAAUGACCCAAGGUUUGCCUGUCUCAUCAGAGUACUGGCAAACUCAACAUCUAUCCCUUAAUACCCAAGAAGCACAUGUCUCCCACUCACACAGUAAUGGCAGCAACCACUUCCAUCAGGAUCUUCAUCAGUUCAAAGGGCCCUAUGAGUUUGGUUAUCAACCCAACCAUUUCAAUUAA